AUGGCCAAUCCCAGCAACGCGGCGGUGCUCAAUCUCAUGGCCAGCCGCAAGGCCGGCCCCAAGCUCGCGGUGACCCGCCUAGGAGAGCGGGUGGCCAGAGGGUGGGAGAGGGGCCGUGGCAGGAGGGCCGCUCCUGGGCCCAACACCUUUCGAGCUGGCGCACCUGUGGCCGGCACGACAAGGACAUUCGGCGGCCACUUGACCACAGAAGAUUCCGAGACUCCCACGGAUUCCAUGGGUCUUGAUGCGAAUGCCUCCGAGUUUGUGCCUGGACGGCCCGAAAACGCCCACCGACUUCAAUCAAGGCCUGCGCAGCGGCCGAAAAAGGCAGAGGGUCCCCUCGCUCCCAAGAGUGAUGCCCCAGACCUCCCAGCGCGCAUUCAUGAGGACAUCAGCAACCUUCAGUAUGAAUGUGUAAUCUGUACUAGCGAGGUCAUCAAGGAAUCGCAAAGUGCCACGCAGGACCCUGCCCCCUGCGAUCUCAUGGGCCCCAGCCAGCCCUGCUUCUGCGGUAAGCAGUGUUACUGCGGCAAGACCGUCAAGGAGAUCCCCUGCGAGGAGCGCGGCGACGAGGAAGAAUCCUACAACUAUGGUCAGGUGGCGACUGAAGGCCUAGAUGAGGCGGCCGUGCCCAAGGACUCCUACUUCUCUGGCUGCAUCCGGUGUCAAGAGCCUUGCGGCAGGACUUACGACUGUGGGAAACAUAGCUGCGAUAAGCCCUGUCACCCUCAAGAUAGCGCCGAGACCCAUUGCCCGCGGUCUCCUGACGUCGUCACCCAUUGCUUCUGCGGCAAAACAACUCUACAAUCCCUCCUGGACACGCCCAGGCAAUCAUGCGAGGACACUAUCCCCCAUUGCGCUGAGGAAUGCGGUCGUCUACUUGACUGCGGCCAUAGGUGCAAAACUGCUCGACGAAAGAACAAACUUGCGGCGCCCGAGGAAGACAUCGAAGACGAGCACCUCUGCACCCGGACAUGCGGGCGCAAACUCAAGUGCGGCACCCAUUCAUGCCAGCAGAUUUGCCACAAGGGACCUUGCCCCAGCUGCCUAGAGGCCAUAUUUGAAGAGAUUAGCUGCGCUUGCGGACGCACCGUUUUACUGCCGCCCCAACCCUGCGGAACCAAACCGCCCGAAUGCAGAUAUGACUGUACCAAGUCGCCUCCAUGUGGACAUCCGCGGAUCCAGCACAAAUGCCACCAGGACGACACGCCAUGCCCCAAGUGUCCUUUCCUUGUUGAAAAGCCCUGCAUCUGUGGCAAACAGACGCUGAAGAAUCAGCCCUGUUGGUUCGAAGAGGCCCGUUGCGGUCUGCCCUGCGGCAGGAAACUCAAGUGCGGGGCUCACACGUGCCGCAAGCCUUGCCAUCGCGAUGGCCAUUGUGAGGACGAGGACAUUGCCGGAUCUCACUGCGCUCAAUCCUGCGGCAAGACGCGAAAGUCUUGCGAUCACGCCUGCCAAGAUACCUGUCACUCGCCAUUUGCCUGCAAGGAAGACAAACCUUGUGCCGCCAAGGUGGCAGUUACAUUGCCCUGCGAUGAUGAGUGCGCGCGACUUAAGCGUAACGCAGCACUUGCCGAAGCACUCAAGAUCGCCCCAGAGCAUGGCGACAACCAUAUUCCAUACUCGGACGAGACCUUGGACAUGUUCAAGGAGAAUCAGUCGUGGGCCCUGAUCCAGGAAAAGGAGCUCCGGGAGUUCUCUGCGGACGAGACGAAGAAGGUCCAUCGAUUCAAGCCCAUCGAAAGCCAGGACAUGCCUCCUCACCGAAGCAGUCUCAUCCAAGCUACCAAGAUUCGUAUCGUACAGGCUUCCGAGGCAUCUAGAGUUGCUGCUGCGGCUGCCGUCGCGCUCAUGGGAGAACCCUUUAAUGCGUUCCUCCUCACCUCGCCACGAUUCGGUCUCACGGUAGAAGACGUGGAGGGGGCCCUGCAAAAAGAGCUAGCCUCUCAGCCAGGACUCAAGUUCACCGUCACUUUCCUUCCCUCCGACGAAGUCGUUGUGCAGGCCGCGUCCCGGAAUUUCGCUGGUGCCAUGAGUGCUACCGCCCUAGAGAAUAUGCUCUCCUCCAUGAAGGCUGCGCUCGCGAGAACUGUCUCUUCGCAAGACCUUGCGCGCUCGGUGGCGCUUUGCCACGCCGAUGCAUCUUCCAACAUCACACGUCGCGAGCGAGGCGCAAACUCAUCCGCCGGAGGAUGGAACACGGUGGUCAGUCGGUCUACACAGAAAUCCACGGCUACUAGCGCCAGCGCUAGCUCGGCCUCGACGACGCGAGACCCCACCUCAUCGGCGACUACGGAAGCAAAGCCCGGCCGACUUACGCUGGGCUUGAAGAAGAAGAAGAAGCUGCCCGAGCCUGAACCGGUCGACGACUGGCUCGAAGCGGCAGAACAGCUAGAGGAGUAG